AUGUCGCUGAGCCCCAAGCACACGACGCCCUUCUCGGUGACCGACAUCCUGAGCCCGAUGGAGGAGAGCUACAAGAAGUUCGGCGGCAUGGACGGGGCGGGCGGGCUCGGUGCGUACCGCCAGGCGCCCGCUCCCCCCGCCGCCGCCGCCGCCGCCGCCGCCGUCCCGCAGCACGUCCCGGCGGGCGCGGCCGCCUACCACAUGUCGCACGGCGUGUCGCAGUUCGCGCACGGAGCCGUCGGGGGCUACUGCAACGGCGGGCUGGGCGGCGUGGGCGAGCUGCCCGCCUACCCCGAGGGGAUGCGGGGCGGCGCGGCGGCGGGCGGCGGCUGGUACGGGCCCGGCGGCGACCCCCGCUACUCCAGCAUCUCCAGGUUCAUGGGGCCGUCGGCGGGGAUGAACGUGGCCGGCAUGGGCGGCCUGAGCGGCAUCGCCGAGGGCGCCAAGGCCAUGGUGCCGCUGCACGCCGCGCCGCGGAGGAAGAGGAGGGUGCUCUUCUCGCAGGCGCAGGUCUACGAGCUGGAGCGGCGCUUCAAGCAGCAGAAGUACCUGUCGGCGCCGGAGCGGGAGCACCUGGCCAGCCUGAUCCACCUGACCCCCACGCAGGUGAAGAUCUGGUUCCAGAACCACCGCUACAAGAUGAAGCGCCAGGCCAAGGACAAGGCGGCCGCGCAGCAGCUGCACCCCGACGGCGGUGGUGGCAGUGGUGGCAGUGGUGGCGGCGGUGGUGGCGUGUGCCAGCAGCCCUCGCCUCGCCGCGUGGCCGUGCCGGUGCUGGUGAAGGACGGCAAGCCCUGCCCGCCGCCGGGCAGCGGCACCCCCGGCCCCGCCGCGCACCCGCACCCCGGCUCGCUGGGGCAGGCGGCGGACCUGGAGGAGCUGUCGCCCAGCCCGCCGGCUCUGCACGGCCCCCUGGCCCCCCUGGACUCGGCCGCCGUCGAUUACAACGGCGGCAUGGUCAGCCCCAACCUGCUCUACGGCAGGACGUGGUAA